AUGGGAUUUAGGGAAGCGGAAAGCAUAGUAGGAAGUAGGUCGGGGGGGGAAGGGCGGGACCAGCAGUCAGCGAUGGUACUGGCGGCGGUGGCGGAGUCGAUAGAGAUGCUGCGCACGGCGGGCAGCGAUGCGGACGAGAAGGAGCGCGUCGCCAUGCAGCUCAGCCAGCUGGCGGAGACCAGCGUGGAUGCGCGCGCGGCCAUCGGCUACCACGCGCAGGCCAUUCCGCUGCUCGUGGGGCUCGUGCGCUCGGGCACGCUGCCUGCGCGCACGCAUGCAGCGGCGACUCUGGGGGCGAUCUGCGACGAGCAGGAGCUGCGCGUGAAGGUGCUGCUGGGGGGGCGGGGGUCCGGGCGCGACGCCGUGGGGUCGCGCAUCUUCGCGUCGGAGGGCGUGGUGCCGGCGCUGCUGCAGCAGCUGCAGAAGCACGCGGGCAUCCACCCGGACGUGCUGGGGCUCGUCACGGGCGCCAUGCGCAACCUGUGCUACGCCGUGCCGGGCUUCUGGCGCACGGUGGAGGCGGCGGGCGGCGUGGAGAUCUUCACGAGCAUGCUGUCCAUGGGGCGCCCCGCCACGCAGGAGAACGCCGCCGCGCUGCUCACCAGCUUCCUCACCAGCCCCUACCUCGCGCACCCCAAUGCGGCGGCCGCCGCCGCCGCGCAGCAGCAAGCCAAGGGCAAGUCUCCAGCCGCUACAGUGGCGGCAGCAGCGGCGGCAGCGGCGGCGGCAGCCAUGGAGGGCGGAGAAGGGCUGGAGGAGGCGGCGAAUGCGGCGGCGAGAGUGGUGGAGGCUGGCGCCAUCCCACCGCUCCUCGCGCUGCUGCAGCCGGGUAGGGAGGUGGCGGUCAGGACGGAGGCGGCUGGGGCGCUGCGCGCAAUCUCAGCAGUACACGUGGCGGCUCGGGAAAAGAUCGCGGCGGCGGGGGGAGUGGGCAUGCUGAUCCGCGCGACGAUGGCGCCGUCGGCGGAGAUGAUGCAGACGGGGUACGCGCAGGUGCUGCAGGAGAACGCCAUGGGCGCGCUCGCCAACAUCGCGGGCGGCAAGGCGGAGGUCGUCGCGUCGCUGGCGGCGGCGGUGAGCAGCGCGCACUCGGACCGCGAGCUGGCGGACAACAUCGGCGCGCUGGCGUACGCGCUGAUGGUGCUGGACGACGGUGACGACGACGACGGCGCGGCGGAGGACGGUGAUGGCGGGGAGGGCGGGAGCGGAAGCAAGGUGGACGCGGAGGGCAUCGAGCGCGCGCUGGUGGAGAAGCUCAGCCCGCUGCGGCCCGCGUCGGCGGUGGUGCAGGAGCGGUCGAUCGAGGCGCUGGCGAGUCUGUACGGCAACAGCGCGGUGGCGCGCGGGCUGAGCAACGCGGAGGGCAAGCGCAUGCUGGUGGGGCUCGUCACGCUGUCGCCCGCCGACGCGCAGGCGGAGCUGGUGGAGGCGCUUUUCAACGUGUGCGUGCAGGGCGCGCCGCUGUGGAGCGCGCUGCACGGGCGCGAGGGCGUGCUGCAGCUGGUGGGACUGCUGGGGCUGUCGACGGAGGACCAGCAGGAGUGUGCGUGCGCGCUGCUCGCCAUCCUCUCGCACGAGGAGGACGAGAGCAAGUGGGCCAUCACCGCCGCGGGGGGCAUUCCGCCGCUCGUCUCGCUGCUGGGGACAGGCACCGCCAAGGCCAAGGAGGACGCCGCGGAGUUACUGGGUAAUCUGUGUUCCUAUAACGAGGAUAUUCGCGCGUGCGUGGAGACGGCGGACGCGGCCCCCGCGUUGCUGCAUCUGCUGGGCAGCGGGUCGGAGAGGGGACAGGCGGCGGCAGCGCGCGCUCUCAUGCGGCUGGUGUCGGGCGGCAGCAGCGGCGCGAGCAGCGCGAUCGGGCAGCUGACGGGCAUUCUGGUUGCGGAGGUGCCGGAGAGCAAGGUGCACGUGCUGCGCGUGCUGGGCCAGCUGCUCGCCGACUCGCCCGACGCCGCCGACGACGGCACCGCGGCUAACGAGGCGCUUCAGACGCUCGUCGCGCUCGUCGAGUCGGAGCGCGAGGAGACGCAGGAGAGCGCGGCGGCGGUGCUGGCGAAUCUGUUCGCGGCGCGGGAGGAUCUGCGCGAGGGGCCGGUGGCGGCGGAGGCGAUUCCCCCGCUGGUGCGCCUCGUGGAGGACGGCGGCGAGCCCGUAGCCAUGCAGGCGGCGCGCGCGUUGGCGGCGCUGUUCUGCUCCAUCGACAGCAACGAGGAGGCGGCGCACGCGGCGAGGGCGAGCAUCUUCCCGCUGGUGAAGCUGGCGCGCGCGCGCGAGAUGGCGGUGGCGGAGGUGGCGACGACGGCGCUGGCGAAUCUGCUGGCCAACCCCGAGCUGGCGCUCAUGGCGCCGGCGGACGAGGUCGUGCUGCCGCUCUCGCGCCUGCUGCGCGAGGGCACGCCGCACGGCAAGGAGCACGCGGCGGGCGCGCUGGCGCACCUGCUGCACUCGCGCGCGCUGGACGAGGAGCUGGCGGAGAGUAUCCGCCAGUGCAGCACCGUGCUCGCGCUCGUCGCGCUGCUCGCCGUCGGCGCCAGCGAGGACGCGUCCAUGGCGGCACUGGAGGCGCUGGCGGCGCUGGCGCGCGCCAAGGCGCACAACUGGGGCGGGCAGGCGCCGCUGGCGGUGCUGUCGGAGGUGCCGUACUCGAUGGGGCCGCUGGUGGCGGUGCUGGCGGGGGGCACGGCGGGCAUGCAGGAGAAGGCGGUGGAGGUGCUGUCGCGGCUGUGCAAGGACCAGCCCGUGACGCUGGGCGACAUGAUCGCCGGUACUGACAACUGCGUCGCCGCGCUCACCGCGCGCAUCACGGACGCGGAGAGCCUCGAGGUCAAGGUGGGCGGCACGGCGCUGCUGAUCUGCGCGGCGAAGGAGCACCGCGCGGCGACGAUGGCGGCGAUGGAGGCGGCGGGCACGCUGCAGCCGGUGGUGCGGUGCCUCGUGGACAUGCUGGCGGCGCAGCAGCAGUCGCGCGACCAGCAGCAGCAGCAGCAGGGGGCGGAGGAGGGCGACGGGGAGGCGUCGGCGGAGGCGCUGGUGAGCAGCGUGGCGUUGUGGCUGCUCGCCGUCAUGGCGUCGCACGACCACCCCACGCGCGCGCUCGUCGCCGCCGCGGGCGCCGUCGACGUGCUGGUGGACCGCCUCUCGGCGCUGUCGGCGGAGGGGGAGGAGGCGGACGACCUGGGGAUGGAUGGGGAUGGCGGGGAAGGGGGGGACAGCGGGGGGGCGUGGGUGUGCGCGUUGCUGCUGGCGGUGCUGUUCUGCAACCGCGACGUCGUGCGCUCGCCCGUCGCGCUCAGGGCCAUUCCGCCGCUCGCCUCGCUGCUCACCUCGCCCGACCCCUCGCAGCGCUACUUUGCCUCGCAGGCCGUCGCGUCGCUCGUGGCGAGCGGCAGUCGCGGCACGCUGCUCGCCAUCGCCAACAGCGGCGCCAUCCCGCUGCUGCUCGCGCUGCUGGGCCGCGCGGAGGCGGACGUGGCGCACCUGCGCGCGCUGGCGGACGACUUCGAGCUGGCGGGCAGUCCGGAGCAGGUGGCGCUGGAGAAGCUCUUCCGCUGCGACGACAUCCGCGCGGGCCGCCAUGGCAGCGUGGUGGUGCCGCAGCUCAUCGCGCUGCUCACGCCCAACGCCGACCAGCCCAGCGCGCCCGCCGUCGCCAUCGGCCUGCUCACGCAGCUCGCGGCCGGCAGCAGCGCGAACCGCGUCGCCAUGGCGGACUACCGCAUCCUCGAGGCGCUCACCACGUACCUCACGCUCGGCCCUCAGGAGGCGAUGGAGGCGGCGGCGGUGGAGCUGCUGCGGGUGCUGUUCCAGGCGGACGACCUGCGCGUGCACGCCGCCGCGCCCGCCGCCAUGGACCAGCUCGUCGCCGUGCUGCGCGUGGGCUCCCGUGCCGCGCGCCUGCCGGCAGCAUCGGCGCUGGAGGCGCUGUUCGCCGUGGACGCGCACCGCGCCAGCGACGCGGCGCUGCACGCGCUGCACCCGCUCGUCGACAUGCUGGGCAGCGGGGCCGGCGCGGAGGCUGCUGGCGGGGCUGCUGGCGGCGGCGCUGUGGAGGCGGAGCAGCGGGCGGCAGCGGCGGCGCUGUGCCAGCUGGCGCAGGGCAACGUGGGGCGCGUGCUGCAGGCGUGUGAGGAGGGCGGCAUCCCCCUCAUGGCCACCAUCCAGCGCCUGCUCGAGGCGCCCGACAAUCAGCCAGCUGGCAGCAGCGGCGGGUACGACAAGGCGGCGGCGGAGGUGAAGGCGACGGCGGUGGAGCUGCUGCAGACGCUCUUCUCCUUCCCGCGCGCGCGCUCCGGCCCCGUGGCCGCGGCGCUGAUCCCGCCGCUGGUGGUGCUGCUGCUGCACCCGUCGUCGUCGCUGCAGUACCGAGCGGCGGGCGCGGUGGACGCGGUGAUGGACGACGAGCAGCAGGCCAACGUGGUGGCGAGCUGCAGCGCCGUGGCGCCGCUCGUGAGUCUGCUGGAGGGCGAGCGCCACGGGCUGCACGCGGCGGCCAGCAGCGCUUUGUUCAAGCUGGCCAAGGACCGGCGGCAGUGCAAGCUGGACAUGGCGGCGGCCGGGGUCAUCGAGCGCAUCAUCGCCAUCUUCCCCUCCGCGCCCCUCGCCCUCUGCUCGCUGCUGGCGGAGCUGCUGCGCGUGCUCACCAACAACUCCACCAUCGCCAAGGGCGCCGCUGCUGCGCGCCUCGUGGGGCCCGUGUUCGCCAUGCUGCGCCACGCCGAGCUGUCCCCCGCGGCGCAGACGAGCGCACUGCAGGCGCUGGUGAACGUGCUGGAGAAGCCCGGGCGCCUGGAGGCGCUGGACCUGCCGCCCAGCGACGCCAUGGAGCCACUCGUGCCGCUGCUGCUGUCGCCCUCGCUGGUGGUGGCACAGCUGGCGGCGGGGCUGCUGGCGCACGUGCUCACGCUCGAGGCCUUCCACAGCGACGGCAUCACCGCCGCCGCCGCGGCGCCGCUGGUGAGGCUGCUGGGCAGCGAGCUGGAGUCGCUGCGCACGGAGGCACUCAAGGCACUUGAACUCGUGUCCGCCUACUGGCCGGGCGCCAUCGUGGAGGCGGGUGGCAUCGACGAGCUGUCGCGCCUGGUGGCGACGGCGCCGCACCCCAUGUGGCAGAUGGCGGCGACGGUGCUGGCCAACGUGCUGCGCGCACAUGACAAGUGUGCCGCGCAGGUGCCGGUGCCCGUGCUGGUGCGCCUGCUCAUGGCCAACACCGAGCCCGUGCAGGUCGUCGCGCUGUCGGCGCUGCUGGCGCUGGAGCGGGAGGACCCGGCGAGGGCGGACGAGAUGGCGCGCAUGGGCGUGGUGGACGCGCUGCUGGAGCUGCUGCGCUGUCACCAGGUGGAGGAGGCGGCGGCACGGCUGCUGGAGGCCAUCUUCAACAACGCGCGUGUGAGGGAGUCGCAGACGGCGCUGCGCUCCAUCGCACCCCUGGCGUCGUACCUGCUGGACCCCAACUCCGCCGACCCCAACGCCAAGCUGCUCGCCGCACUGGCGCUGGGCGACCUGUUCCAGGAGACCAGCGUGGCGCUCAAGACCGUGGACCUCACGGGCGCGUGCCGCGCGCUGGUGGCGCUCAUGGCGGAGCGCGCGAGCGAGGACCUGGUGAUGGUGGCGCUGUGCGGGCUGCAGAACCUCGUAGCGUCGUCGCGCGCCAACAAGCGCGCCGUGGCGGACGCGGGCGGGUUUGGCGUGCUGGUGGAGCUGCUGACAGGCGGGUCGGCGGAGGUGACGUCACAGGCGGCGAACCUGGUGCGGCUGAUGCUGAACAACCACACGGUGCAGGAGUACGCCACGCCGGAGCUGGUGUCGUCCAUGACGGGCGUGAUCGAGCGCGAGCUGUGGAAGACGGCGAGUGUGAACGAGGAGGUGCUGCAGGCCAUCGAGGGGCUCCUCGCCACCUUCUCCCGCCUGCGCUUCAGCGAGUGCGCCACGGCCGCCAUCCCCGUGCUGGUGGGCGCCAUGAAGGUGGGCAGCGAGGUGGCGCAGGAGACGGCGCUCAACGUGCUGUGGCUGCUGCGGCAGGGGUGGGCGUCGAGCAAGGAGAUGGCGCGGCUGCAGUCCAUCGCCAUGGGCGACACCAUCCCCGUGCUGCAGCUCAUGCUGCGCUCCGGCCCCAUCAACCUCUACGAGAAGGCGGAGACGCUGCUGUCCGUGCUGCCGGGCAGCCUGUCGGUGUGUGUGAAGCGCGGCGCCAACCUCAAGGCGUCCAUGGGCGCCACCAACGCCUACUGCAAGCUCACGCUCAGCGACACCCCCGCCAAGGUCACCAAGGUGGUGAGCGCCACGUGUGACCCCGAGUGGAAGCAGACCUUCACGUGGCCGCUGGACGCCCCUCCACGCGGGCAGAACCUCCACAUCUCAUGCAAGAACAAGGGCACCAUCGGCACCGUGAGUUACUACUGCCUGCCUGCUGCACCCUUCAUGUGCCUCACUAGCUCGUUGGGCAAGGCAACGAUACAGAUAGACCGGGUGGUGGCGCUGGGGAUGGUGUCGGGCACGUACGUGCUGCAGCCAGAGGGCAACCCUGCAACGACCGAUAGCCACCCACCGUGCAGUGAGGAGAAAGGGAGAAGGGAGAAGCUGACCUGCACGGUGGAGAAGGCGAGCAGCGGGGAGGCCACAGUGCCCCCCAGCACGCGGCCGUCGGAGGCAACGAGGGUGGCAUGUGCUGCUAUGACCCACCCCAUGCUGUGUGCUGCUAUGACCCACCCCAUGCUGUGUGCUGCUAUGACCCACCCCAUGCUGUGUGCUGCUAUGACCCACCCCAUGCUGUGUGCUGCUAUGACCCACCCCAUGCUGUGUGCUGCUAUGACCCACCCCAUGCUGUGUGCUGCUAUGACCCACCCCAUGCUGUGUGCUGCUAUGACCCACCCCAUGCUGUGUGCUGCUAUGACCCACCCCAUGCUGUGUGCUGCUAUGACCCACCCCAUGCUGUGUGCUGCUAUGACCCACCCCAUGCUGUGUGCUGCUAUGACCCACCCCAUGCUGUGUGCUGCUAUGACCCACCCCAUGCUGUGUGCUGCUAUGACCCACCCCAUGCUGUGUGCUGCUAUGACCCACCCCAUGCUGUGUGCUGCUAUGACCCACCCCAUGCUGUGUGCUGCUAUGACCCACCCCAUGCUGUGUGCUGCUAUGACCCACCCCAUGCUGUGUGCUGCUAUGACCCACCCCAUGCUGUGUGCUGCUAUGACCCACCCCAUGCUGUGUGCUGCUAUGACCCACCCCAUGCUGUGUGCUGCUAUGACCCACCCCAUGCUGUGUGCUGCUAUGACCCACCCCAUGCUGUGUGCUGCUAUGACCCACCCCAUGCUGUGUGCUGCUAUGACCCACCCCAUGCUGUGUGCUGCUAUGACCCACCCCAUGCUGUGUGCUGCUAUGACCCACCCCAUGCUGUGUGCUGCUAUGACCCACCCCAUGCUGUGUGCUGCUAUGACGCACCCCAUGCUGUGUGCUGCUAUGACCCACCGCAAGUGGUGUGGAGGGCAGGGCGGUGGGUGGGCCAGAGAGGGAGGGCGGGUGCACGGAGCCAUUGGCGGACAGCACACACACCGCCCUGCCCUCCUCGCGCGACAACUCAAAUAUCCGCGCAGCUACGUCCUGUGUGCCUCACCCAGGGGAGGACACACGCAGGGGAGGACGAGAGGACUCUUGGCUCGAGCGCUGCACACACGGCAAGGAGGGGAGCACACGGAGCAAGGAGCGGGAGCAGGCAUGAAUUUGUCGCACUGGGGAGCAGCCGCCACAGCAAGGCCGCAGGGAAAGCAGAGAGGUUGGCGAGCAGCAGGGCGAGCAGCAGGGCGGGCGGAGGUGGGAGGGGCGCACGCACAGCUGGGAGCGGCAGGCGGCUCGCUCUGA